CCUGAAAACAUGUUCCUUGAGACCGGAAUGGUGGUUACUCGGGAUACCGUAUGCUAUUAUUAUAUUACUCUACGAGGAAUUGAGAAAGUGGUGGAUCAGAGAACACCCGGCAGGUUGGUGGGACGAAAAGACUUCAUAUUAAGGUAAGACAAUAAAGAGAAAUAUCGGAUAGAAAAGCUCUGGACUUGUACAAUAAAUAUAAAAAUGAACAAAUUAUACUAUUUUAAAAUGUAUGUAACAAGAACUUAGAUAUUUUGAAAUAAGAAGAGACAUAGAGUUCAUUUAUUAUCAAAGGAUUGCGAUAUUAUAUUUUGAUGCAUCAACUUGCAAAAAGAAUAGUUUCAUAAGUGACGACCUUUUCCCGACUCACUAUUUUCCAUAGUCGUGACUACAUCAUAUGGAGUCGAGAUCACAUGCAACUCUUCACCUUUCUAAAUAAAUCACGGCGAACGAAGCAAAAUAUCGUAAGGCAAAAUAUACGAGUAAGAGAAUUAAGUAGAGAAUUAAACUGUUUUACUAAAUAAUUUCAGAUCUAAAGAUAUAAUUAAAACAGUCAAAUAUUCUUUUAUCGCUCCAAAUUAUUAUUUCUUUAAAUUAAGAAUUAAAACUUUUAUGGAUAUCCACUUUUUAUCAUAAUAAAUUUUAUGUUUUCAUAAUAUCACAUUUUGUAUAUUACUAAAAGAAACUAGUGAGUAUACAUAUUAUUAUUUGGAAAAGAUUUUUGCUAAAAUGAGUUUGUAAAACAGAAUAAGUGUUUAUUUCUCAUGCGGUGGGUAAUAAUAAACAAAGACGAAAACUGGAAACAGCAAGAGACGAAACUGGAAUUUCACGUCGUUUCCUCGAUGGGUGGAAUAACUUUGAUGUCCUAAAAAUACCUCGCAGGUAACUCGCUGUUAAGGUUGCCAGGAAAUCUUAAUUUUUGCGGGACUACACUGCGUUCAUCACCCUUAGAACUUUUGACUUUUUUUCGUUAAAUUCCAUUUUAAUUUCAAAUUGUUAUAAUCUGUGAAAGAAAGAGUUGUGACAAAAUUCUAAUCUCGAUAUUUAUUCUUUUAGGUACAAUAUAUUAAGUAAUCACAUUAAAUACUCCAUUAAUUUAAUUGCGCAAGUAGGACAAUUUCCAAGGAAAGAAGAAAUUAUUAUAAAUAAUUUUACCUAAGUGAUCACCAAGUGUUGUAACCUCGUGGAAGAUAAAGUGGGGGUCGCAUAUAAGGCCGCAACGACCAUUCGACGAGACCCAGUAGUCUCUAGUCAUCAAUUCCACCACGUUACCAAGACUGGAGCAUCACACAAGUGACAUCACUCUCUCUUUUAAUCAGCGUCAUCCUUCGUUUCAGGAUGAAGACGGAAGCUCUUUGUCUUCUGAUUUGUCUCGGAGCCGUCACUGCUCUGACGAGGAAGCAAGAAGCCGCCGAACAAAGUCGCCGGAAGGCCGCUUUAGCAACAACACCGAAGAAACAAGAGCCAGCUGCUGAAGAGGAAUAUGACGACGAUGAUGAGCUUCUAGAUCAAUGUCCGGAGCCGAACGGAUACUUCCCGGACGCGGAACAAUGCGAUAAAUAUUAUGACUGUCGAGAUGGCAAGAUUACGGAAAAGCUUUGCCCCGAUGGUCUUGUUUUCAAUGACUUCAGUCCGCAACAUGAGAAAUGUGAUCUGCCGUUCGGUAUCGAUUGCUCGAAGAGACCGAAAUUACAAAAGCCACAACCGUCACCGCAUUGUCCUCGCAUGCAUGGCUACUUUGCUCAUGAGGAUCCCAGGAACUGCAACACCUUCUAUUACUGUGUGGAGGGCAAAUUCAACAUGAUCACGUGCCCAGAUGGCCUGGUCUUCUCAGAGAAGACUGGCAUCUGCAAUUGGCCGGACGAGGCGCAGAAAAAGGGUUGCGGUUCCCGCGAGCUCUUCAAUUUCACCUGCCCGAAGGUCGACGAGUCCGUGGCCGCGACGCACCCGCGUUACCCGGAUACGGAAGACUGCCAAUACUUCUAUGUGUGCGUCAACGGUGAGGUACCAAGGCGAAGUGGAUGCAAACUUGGCCAGGCAUUUGACGAGCGCACCGGAAAAUGCGAUUGGGCUAGGAAGAUACCCGAAUGCAAAGACUGGUACAAAGGUCAACUGACUGACGAAGAAUUGGAUGCUUUGGAGAAUCCACCACCGAAACCCAGACCUACCGGUGGUCCAAGCAGAAGAAAAGGCAGUAGGCCGACUGAAUAGUCGAAUUUUUAGAUUAGAUGCAUAAUUUUUUAAGUCUCUUUAUUUUUAAACUGUCUCAUUAUGUGCAAUAAUAAACUUAUCUUUAAUACAAAUAUGUUUUUAAAAACAC